AUGGCGGAGAAGCGCAAAACAUCGCCUCCCAUCUCAUACCGGGAAGCCGCGCUGGUCAAACGUCAAAGGCAAGCGGGCGACUACGACGAUGCCGCGUCGUCCCAACGGAUUGCCAUCGCCUCGUCCAAAGACGGUCAGGACAAGGGUCUGAUUCGUUCCGUCAAGCGAACCUCUUCGCUCUCACACCCUAUCCUGGGAUUAACAGGCGCACACACAUCCGAGAUCCUCGACGUCAAAUUUUCGCGCGAUGGAUCCAGAAUUGCAGCUGCUUCCGCGGACCGCACCAUAUCGAUCUGGAGCGUAUAUGGAGAGUGUGCCAACAUUGGUCAGCUCAAAGGCCACUCCAAAGCGGUCACCUGCGUCGCUUUCAGUAACACCAUGUCGGAUGCGCUCUAUUCCGGCUCGGCGGAUGGCACUAUCAUUGCAUGGAAAUUGACGACAGGCGAAAAGCAGAGACGGUUGAGAGGGCAUCGAGCCAUUGUCAAUUGUGUUUCUGCCACUCGAUCUGGGCCGGAACUGCUGGUGUCUGCGUCGGACGAUGGUAGGGUCCUAAUCUGGGAUCCGCAAGCAAAAGAACCUCUAGACGUGCUUGAGGUGGGAUACCCCGUGACGGCCGUCGCCUUCUCGGAAGACUCGAGUCAGAUCUACGUCGGCGGCAUCGACAACCAGGUUCAUGUUUACGACCUCACUCGCAAAACCAUCGCUCUCACACUCCGCGGCCACCUCGAUACCAUUACCUCAAUCUCGCUCUCCCCAUCCGGGUCACACAUCCUCACCACAUCCUUCGACGACUCGCUCCGAAUCUGGGACGUUCGACCCUUCGCACCGGAGCCUAACCCAGCAGAUCCCAACGCCCACACGGCGAAUCCCAGACUGUACAGGACGCUUAGAGGCACCACAUUUGGCGGAUUUGAGAACCUGCUCAUCAAGGCAGGGUGGAGCGCAGAUGGCGAGAAAGUGGUAGCGGGCGGUGCGGAUAGGACGUGUACGAUUUGGGAUGUCGAGAGCUCGUCCAUCUUGUACAAGCUGCCUGGGCACAAGGGGACAUGUACUGCAGCCGUUUUCCAUCCGAGGGAACCGGUGGUCGUGUCGAGCUCGACAGAUAUGACGCUGCUACUGGGCGAAAUCGAUCCAUAG